AAGCCUUUCGUGGAGGCAUUAGAAAGGACCAUGGCUGAUGGAACCCAGAAGAUUCCUGGCAUCCAAUUUCCCUUUCCCUUCACACCCUAUUCCAUCCAGAAGGACUUUAUGGCAGAGCUGUACCAGGUUUUGGAGGCUGGCAAGAUUGGGAUAUUCGAGAGUCCAACUGGCACUGGAAAGUCCUUAAGUCUCAUUUGUGGGGCCCUCUCCUGGCUCCGUGACUUUGAAGAGAAGAAGCGUCAAGAAGAGGCGCGUCUCCUGGAAACUGGGCCCUCUCAGGAUGAGAAGGACCCACCCCCACUUCUCUCAGCUUCCUGCCGAGAGACCGCAGACGCCCCGGGGCCUGCUGGAGAACCGGACUGGGUGACUCAGUUUGUGCAGAAGAAAGAAGAAAGGGACCUGGUGAACCGACUGAAGGAGGAGCAGAUCCGGAGGAGGAAGCGAGAAGAACGCCUGCAGCGGAUCCAUCACAACUCGCAGCUCACGUAUGCAGCCAAGCGCCUGAGACAGGAAGAAGAAGAAACCGAGAGUCUCCUCCGCCUCAGCAGGGAGAUGCUGGCAGCAGGAACGGGGGCUGAGCAGCCGGAGCAGCUGGAGUCUGGGGAGGAGGAGCUGGUCCUGGCCGAAUAUGAGAGCAAUGAGGAGAGAAGAACAGCUCGAGGAGUGGAUGAGGAUGAGGAUGACCUGGAGGAACAUGUGACUAAGAUUUAUUACUGCAGUCGGACACACUCCCAGCUGUCCCAGUUUGUGCAUGAAGUACACAAGAGCCCCUUUGGCAAGGACAUCCGGCUCGUCUCCCUGGGCUCUCGGCAGAACCUUUGUGUGAACGAAGACGUGAAGAGCCUGGGUUCUGUGCAGCUUAUUAACGACCGCUGCGUGGACAUGCAGAGAAGCAAACACGAGAAGAGGGAUGAAGCUGAGGAGGAGAAGCCAAAGAGAAGGAGGCAGAAGAAGGCUUCCUGCCCCUUCUACAACCACGAGCAGAUGCACCUCCUCCGGGACGAGAUCCUGGCAGAGGUGAAGGACAUUGAGCAGCUGGUGGCCGUUGGGAACAAGGCCCGGGCCUGUCCCUAUUAUGGGAGCCGGUUUGCCAUUCCUGCAGCCCAGCUGGUGGUGCUGCCCUACCAGAUGCUGCUGCACGCGGCCACCCGGCAGGCGGCGGGCAUCCGGCUGCAGGGCCAGGUGGUGAUCAUCGACGAGGCCCACAACCUGAUCGACACCAUCACGGGCAUCCACAGUGUGGAGGUCAGCGGCUCCCAGCUCUGCCAGGCCCAUUCCCAGUUGCUCCAGUACAUGGAACGAUACGGGAAGCAUCUGCAGGCCAAGAACCUGAUGUACAUGAAACAGAUCCUGUACGUGCUGGAGAAGUUUGUGGCCAUGCUGGGGGGGAACAUUAAGCAAAAUCCCAGCACGCAGAGCCUCCCGCAGACAGGGACGGAGCUGAAGACCAUCAACGACUUCCUCUUUCAGAGCCAGAUCGACAACAUCAACCUGUUCAAGGUAGAACGCCUCUGCACGGGGCUCUCUGUCCCGACCCAGCUCUUCGGCUUCACAGAACGAUACGGCGCGGUCCUCUCGUGCUCCCGGGAGCGGCCCAGGCUGGCUGGGUUUCGGCAGUUCCUGCAGAGCCUGCAGCCCGGGGUGACUGAGGCCCCUGCAGCCCCUGUGGACGAGGGCCAGGCCAGGGGCCCCACGUCCCCACUGAUGCACGUUGAAGGCUUCCUCGCAGCUCUCACCAUGGCCAACCAGGACGGCAGGGUCAUCCUGAGCCGCCAAGGUUGCGGGGGACGCCCUGGGGCCUGGUGGUUAAGACACCCUCAGAGCAGCCUCAAAUUCCUGCUGCUGAAUCCAGCCGUGCACUUUGCCCAGGUGGUGAAGGAGUGCCGGGCCCUGGUCAUUGCGGGGGGCACCCUGCAGCCGGUGUCUGACUUCCGGGAGCAGCUGCUGGCCUGUGCCGGGGCGGAAGCUGAGCGAGUGGUGGAGUUUUCCUGUGGUCACGUGAUCCCCCCGGACAACAUCCUGCCCAUCGUCCUCUGCAGCGGCAUCUCCGGCCAGCCGCUGGAAUUCACGUUCCAGCGCAGGGAGCUGCCGCAGAUGAUGGACGAGGCAGGUUGCAUUCUCUGUAACCUGUGCAAUGUGGUUCCCAGAGGGGUGGUCUGUUUCUUCCCCUCCUACGAGUACCAGCGCCGGGUCCACGCCCACUGGGAGAAGAGUGGCCUGCUGGGCCGCCUGGCCGCCAGGAAGAAGAUUUUCCAGGAACCCAAGAGUGCAAACCAGGUGGAGCAGGUGCUGACGGAGUAUUCCAAGUGCACUGAGCGCUGUGGCCAGGCAAAAGGCAGGGUGACGGGGGCCUUGCUCUUCGCCGUGGUUGGAGGAAAGAUGAGUGAAGGGAUCAACUUCUCUGACAACCUAGGCCAGUGUGUGGUCAUGGUGGGCAUGCCCUACCCCAACGUCACGUCUCCAGAGCUACAAGAGAAGAUGGCCUACCUGGAUCAGACCCUUAAGGCCACGGAAGGCCCCCCAGGGAGGGCUUUGGUGGAGAACCUGUGCAUGAAGGCUGUCAACCAGUCCAUAGGCAGGGCCAUCAGGCACCAGCGGGACUUUGCCAGCAUAGUGCUCCUGGACCAGCGCUGCGCCCAGCGCCCCGUCCUGGCCAAGCUGCCAGCCUGGAUCCGAGACCGUGUGGAGGUCACAGCCUCCUUUGGCCCUGCCAUAGCCGCCCUGCAGAAGUUUCAUCGGGAGAAGUCUGCCUCUUCCUAAUGCGCAGGGACACCACUGCCCCUGCCAGGCCCUUCCUUCCCCAGGGCUGC